AUGCGGGCUUCUGCGAUGGCUCACACCCAGGCAGUGCCAGGCGCGCGCAGCUGCCGUGGUCGGGCCGGCGUCGACGGCGCCUCUGCGCUACGCCCCCUCAGCUUGCCCUGGCAGCGGCUGCGCAGCGCGCCCACGCGGCCCGGCGACGCGGCCCCAGGCCGGAGGACCUCGAUUAUCAGCUCCGCGGCUGCGCCCACGAAGGCGCCCGUCCCCAAGUCCCAGGGCCAGGGCAAGAAGGUCGUGAUCGUCGGCGGCGGCAUCGGGGGCCUGGUCGCGGGCGGCCUCCUCGCGAAGCAGGGUAUGGACGUGACCAUUUUGGAGAAAAACGCCGACGUCGGCGGGAGGUGCCAGUCCGAGACCACGGCGGGCGGCUUCCGGUUCGACACGGGCCCCUCGCUGCUGCUGUUCCCGGACACGUACAAGCAGACCUUCGCGCUCCUGGGCGAGCCCGACAUGGAGCGGCGGCUCCCGGUGACCAAGAUUACGCCCGCGGGGUACCGCGUGCACUUUGGCGACGGAUCGGACGCCGACAUGAUCUACGAUCGCGACGCCAUGUGCGCGCAGCUCGAGAAGAUCGAGCCGGGCGCCGGCGACGCGUACCUGCAGUGGCUCAGGGACGCGGAGAACUCCCUGAAGCUCGGUAUGGAGAACUUCAUUGAAGUGGAUGCUGACAACCUCCUGGGGCUAUUGCGGCUUGACAAACUGAUCCCUAUGGUGCUCAAGGUCUCCCCGAUCGACCUCCUCUCGCCGCACGUGUCCGUGCUUGGCUCCAAGUUCAAAGACCCCCGCCUGAAGGCCAUGUUCACCUUCCAGGACCUGUACGUGGGGUUGUCGCCGUACAACGCCCCGGGGGUGUAUUCCCUGCUCGCCGGCACCGAGCUCCUGGACGGCGUGUGGUACCCCAAGGGCGGGUUCCAGAACGUGCGGGCGCAGAUCCGGCAGCUCGCGGAGGAGAACGGCGCGCGGGUGCAGUGCAACGCCGAGGUGCAGCGGGUGCUGUUCGAGGGGGACCGGGCGGUGGGGGUGGCGCUGGCGGGCGGCGAGGAGGUGCGCGCGGACGUGGUGAUGUGCAACCGGGACGUGUCGAAGGGGUUCUCGAUCAUGGACAACGACAAGGCCAAGCAGCGCGGGCAGAAGAUCAAGGACAAGUGGGACUAUUCCUGCGCGGUGGUAUCGUUCAACUGGGGCAUCUCGAAGCCGGUGCCGGAGCUGCUGCACCACAACGUGUUCCUCUCGGACGACUGGGAGGCCUCGUGGGACCGCGCGACCGCGCCGGACAAGUUCGUGAAGAAGCCGAACUUCUACGUGCACUCGCCGUGCGUCACGGACCCCUCCGCGGCGCCGGACGGCAAGGCGAGCGUCAUGGUGCUGCUGCCCAUCGCCAACAAACAAGAGAUCGAGAAGGCCGCGGGACGCAAGCUGUCGGACGCGGAGAUGCGCGAGAGGCUUGACGCGAUCAUCGCCGAGGGCCGCGAGCGCGUGCUGGACACGUUCGAGUCCAAGGGCAUCGAGCUGCGCGGGCACAUCGAGGAGGAGUUCAUCAUCGACCCCGUGGAGUGGGAGGAGCGGUACGGCAUCGAGCACGGCGCGGUGUUUGGCCUGUCCCACGGGAUGCUGCAGCUGGCGACGUUCCGGCCGGCGCUGAAGGACCUCACGCACGAGGGGCUGUACUUCGUCGGCGCGUCCACGCGGCCCGGGAACGGCGUGCCGCUGGUGAUGAUUUCGGGGCGACUGGCGGCGGAGCGCGUGCUGCAGGACCAGGGCGUUGCGGUGCCGUGGAGCGGCUGA